ACUGAAAAUCUUACCAUGUCGAGAUAUCCGAAGAACUCUCAUCAUUCUAGCCGACCUUUUAUAUGUUUAGAGACUCUUUGCGAGGUGCAAGUCUGAUGGGUUACCUCUCCAUCUGUGUGGGGCUUAACUUCGGGCUCUGCCUCAGGACGUGGAUGCUCAUAGUAGGCGCAAUAAAUGGACAAACAAGAAGAGCACUGAGUAAUAUAAACAAGAACAUUAUCGGAGCUCCUGUUUAUCCUUGUGCUGUCAACAAGAGACCAUUCACCGAGCAGAAUGGGAUAUGUAACAAGAAGAUUCCACCUGUUCCAUUGCAUCGUCCGGAAACCAAGAAACCAGACUUGAUUUCGAACGAAACAUUAGAUAGAAUCAAAACAGAUGUGGAAGAAGGAGACUUUAAUGAACCAAUGUUUGUUCAACACAUUGAAGCCAUGCUUGAAGAGAUUGACCGAAUGGAAGGAAUUGAAAUGGAAGAUUCAAAUGAUAUUGAUGUUGAAGUAGAAGAGUCUGUGAUGGAUAUAGACAGCUGUGACAAGAACAAUCCUCUAGCUGUAGUUGAAUACAUCGAUGACAUAUAUUGCUUCUACAAGAAAAAUAUUGGUUACAUAUGGGAUUUUCAUGUUCUUGCAAGCAUUGGAUCAGAUUCUAAAGGUAAUAAUGGAAUGUUUGAGACUAAGGUUGAGAAGCAGCUUACUUGUGACUAGGACACAGAACGUUUAGGAAUGGUCAUUUCAACACCGGUGGUGGUAAUUAAUUACGGUGCGAAUGGUUAUAGCGGUGAGAAGAGGAAAGCUCCAGCUGUGGAGAAUCCAUUGCCUGUGAGUUUGGAGGAUCUGUAUAACGGUGUGAAGAAGAAGAUGCGUUUAUCUAGAAAUGUCUACAAUGCUUCUGGGAAAAUGAUGGUAGAGGAGGAGAUAUUACCUAUAGAUAUAAAACCUGGUUCGAAGAAAGUAAAGGAACAAAGCUCACAUUCCCUAAGAAUGGCAAUGAAGAGCCUGGAAUCAUACGAAGACAAAGGUGCUAGAGAAAUUAUAGAAAACCCAACCGACAAGACCAAGGUGCACCUCAUUUACGCCAAUGUCGUAUCGUACUAUCGUGUGCCUUCUCUUAAAGAAUUGGAGGGUCUUACCGCCAGUUACCCAGAUCAAUUCAAAAUCUACUAUGUUUUGAACCAGCCUCCGGAAAUAUGGGCUGGUGGUGUUGGAUUUGUAAAAUCAAUGUUGCAUAUGACAAGGAUCUCUGUUUGUUUUAUGAGUCUACAAGGACCAAUGGACAAGAUUACCACCGUUGCUAUUCCUCUUACCUUAGCUGCAAGUUCUGAAUAUAUGAUUAUACAGGCAAAAGCAAUUCCACCAUUGAUAAUGGGAAAAGAUGUACUUGGAGCUACCAGGACAUGUUCUGGUUAAACCUUAGCUUUUCUUAUUCCUGCUGCAGAGCUUCUAUACCAUGUUCGGUUUACUCCUCACAAUGGAACUGGUGUUAUUGUCAUUUGCCCAACAAGAGAGCUUGCGAUUCAGGUCCAGAUUUGUCACACUUUUUCUAAAUAUCAUUUGAAUCUGUCAAGAUUGAUACUUAUUAUACAUCAUCAAUGUUUCAGUCUUAUGGAGUGGCAAAAGAUCUUCUUAAGUAUCAUCCACAGACUGUUGGAAAAGUUAUUUGCGGUGAGAACAGAAAGAAAGAAACUGAAUUUCUUGUGAAAGGUGUUAAUUUAUUAGUAGACUUCUUGACCACCUUGAAAAUACAAACUCGAUUGGUGUUCUCAUCCUCAUUUCUUCAAAUUUGUUUAUUUUCAAAUUUGCGUAUAGCACUGGUGAUGUAUCGUGUAUUAUUAGUUGAGUUCUUUUGGUGUUUUUCUUCGGAUUUGUGGCAAUGGUAAGUCUGUGUAUGUGUUUACUAUCGAUUUCUGGAUUUAUUGCUCUGCAUCUUUGUCUCUUUAUAUUGUUUCAUUUGUUUUUGCUCUAUGUACUCAAUGCUUUGUUCCUGCAUUUUAGAUCUUGGUUACGGUUGUUUCUCAGUGUUGGAUAAAAAUUUUCCUUCAUU